AUGGCGCUAAAUGCCAUGGCUCAAAUCUACUGCAUUUUGUUCCUUAUUUUUGGUCUAUUAUCAACGGGAGCAAUCGCAUCCUCAGACUACCAUGAGCAACUUCAUCUAAGACCCCUUCAUCCUUCAUCUUUACUUGCUUCCUUUAACUUUCAAGGCAACACCAGCCUCGAAUCAUUUGAAAAGCAGAAUUUCCGCUAUUUCCCAAGGUCACUAGGGCAAAUCCUUCAGUAUUCAAACACAAGAGAAUUACAUUUGAGAUUUAGUCUCGGUAGAUGGGAUGCUGAAAAUUGGGGGGCAAGGCCAUGGGGUGGUACAAGGGAAGGCGGCACAGGUGUGGAACUUUGGGCUUGGGUUGAAGCUGGCACAGAUGAAGAGGCUGAUGGUCGCUGGUUGACUUUAACCAAUGCACUGUCUGGCCUCUUCUGCGCCUCCCUCAACUUUAUCGAUUCCACGAGGACAACGAGACCAGUAUUAUCAUUUCAGCCCGUCGGCGACCACUCAGACUCUACACUGUCAAACCUACACUUGCUCCAUGGAACUUUGCCACGAGAAGUUGUCUGUACAGAAAAUUUGACACCAUUCUUGAAACUCUUGCCUUGUAAAGGAAAAGCCGGUAUUUCAAGCUUACUAGAUGGACACAAAUUAUUCGAUGCAUCGUGGCAGAGCAUGUCAAUCGAUGUACAACCUAUAUGUCCAAAUGAUUCAAAUGAUUCGAAUGCCUGCCAGCUUCAGAUUACGCAAACCAUUGAUAUGGUCUUAGAUAUCCAAAGAUCCAGACGCCCGAGAGAUAAUCCAAUCCCACGACCUGUGCCAUUCGAAGAUUUAAAAUGUGAUACCUCCAAACCAUAUAAUGCUGAAGACACAUGUUUCCCUCGCGACAAUGCUGCAGAAGAGGAGGAUUGGAGUUUAUCGCAAAUCUUCGGUCAUUCAUUGAAAGGAUCUUGUGCGCUAGCUGAUGAUAUUGAAGACUCAGUAUGCAUCAAUGUUCCUCACGCCCGUAAUGUGUUCAUUUCCGGUGGAGCGGUUGAACACAAAGAUUCUUCUGGAUACAAUCGAUGUUUCCGAUUACAACAAGACAGUGACUUCGAGAUGGUAUUGCCGCGACAAGAUAUUCACGAGAAGACGCCGUUGGAACAGCCCCUUCUCUAUGCAGAACGCUCAUUCAUUGGAUAUGGGCAGGAACGGGGUGGUGUGCAAGCCAUUCUGACCAACCCUUCGCCAACAGAUGCAGUUGAUUUCGUAUACAUGGAAUCUCUCCCUUGGUUCAUGAAAGUGUAUCUUCACACUUUGAAGGCCAAGACCAAUGGUCUAGAUGAAGAUGUCAUACAAGAAAUGUUUUAUCGUCCAGCUCUGGAUCGCAAGAGGGGGACCCAGUUGGAGGUGCGCAUGCGUGUUCUGGCAAAUUCUACAGUUAUCUUGACAUAUGACUUCGAAAAGGCUAUUCUUCGGUAUACAGAGUACCCUCCCGACGCGAACCGUGGAUUUGAUGUUGCCCCGGCCAUUAUUACGAUUGGAAAUGUUAGCAUCCGAACUACGAGUCUUUUACUUCCACUUCCAACACCGGAUUUCAGCAUGCCUUACAAUGUCAUAAUUCUUACUAGUACAGUAAUGGCCUUAGCAUUUGGUAGUAUUUUCAAUCUUCUAGUCAGGAGAUUUGUUGCUGCGGAUGAGGCUGAACAAUGGGAUAUCAAAGCUGUCAGACUACGAAUUUUAGUGAUUGUCCAAAGGAUACUGGCUCGAAUAGCGGGAAAAGCGAAGUUUGGCAAGGAAGAAUAG